AUGUAUCCCUGUUUCCUCAACUACCACCUCAUCUCCUAUCUUGGAGUGUGGGCAGAAGGAGGGGAGAAGAUGAGUGGAGGAAUGGAGGAUACAUUUGUCACUCUACUGUAUGUGCUGGAGCGGCACGGAUGGUGCAGUUCUGUGAAGGUGUCUGUGAGGGAUCGGACUCUGGAGGUGGUGGAGGGAGAGUCGGUGACACUGCCCUGCUCCUUCUACACCAUGGGGCCCAUGUCGCGCAUCAAUAUCAUCUGGACGCUGGUGCCCCUAUCUGACCCUGCAUCGCCCUCCCAGGUGAUCGUAUAUGAUCAAGGACAGGUGAUGGAGGACCCCGCCCUGAGGGGAAGGGUGGGUUUCGUGGGCGCCCCCUGGAGUGCCGACGUCGUGCUGAACGGCACGCGUGUGUCUGACUCAGGAACGUACCGCUGUGUGGUCAACAACCCUCCCGAACCUGGGGACCCUGGGAUAGGGGAGCUCAGCCUCCACGUUCUAGCGCCCCCGACCCUGCCCCUGUGCCAGUGGGAGGGGGACCUGGACCUGGGGGGCAGCGUGACCAUGUCCUGUGCGGUGGAGGGAGGGGUGCCCGUCCCAGAGAUGCGGUGGGAGAAGGUGGAGCCGGACUCCAUCUCCCUGCCCCUCGACAUGGAGGGUGAUCUUAAAGGCACAGUGACCAUCGGCAACAUAUCGGCAGAGAACUCUGGCCUGUACCGCUGCUCCGUGACCAACCCUCUGGGGACCCGUAACUGCUACAUCAAGCUGCCCGUGCACAGCCCAGCGGAGCCUUCCCCGGGGAUCCUGCAGGGGGUGCUGUUGACGCUGUCCAUGGCGCUGAUGCUGCUGGCGCUGCUGGGCCUCGUCCUCUGGAUUCACCGCUCUGGCCGUGACAGGAAGUGGCUUGAGGGCGAAGAAGAGGAGGAACGGCGCAAAGAAAUGCGGCACCAGCCCAACCUCCCCCGACGCUCCUUUGUCUAAUGCAGUGUUUCCCAACUCCA